GGCGUAGCUACUUCCUGUUUGGUUGUUCUAAGGCUCGUUUUAGCUGAACAGUUCUGUUUUCCAUGUUUAUUUUGUUUUAACAACACGAAAGUUGAAUGUAAGACUCUCAGGCAUAAGCAGCAAUGUCAGACCAGAGUGUCAAGGGAAGCAACGGCAGUGCCCGGUCCUCCGAUGCUGAACCCUCGCCAAGAAAAAAUUCACCAUCAGACUCGGAUGGCGAGACAAAGAUACGAACAGAUUCAGAGGAACACGAGAAAUCAUCUCAUACGGAUGCCUCCAUUGGGGGUUCGGGAAUAAUUGAGACGUCUGCUGAUCAGGCAGAAUCAGGCUCCAUGGAACGAGACGCUUUCCCUACACGACCCAAGAGCGGUGGAGUAGGAGAAGAAAAGAUCGAAGUGAAAACAAAGAAGAAACUGAAACCCUCAGAGCUUGAUCCAAAUGGUCACCAAGUUACGUUUACUGUAACAAUUUCUGUAGCCGUUCCAACAGUGGAGGACGAACCUGUUCCAAUUGAAGAUGAGGACCAGCCAAACAUCAAUGACCUGGUCAAGAAGAAGAAGCGGGUGUUUGAAGUCCCGCGCGCUCUCAACUACUACCACUUUGAGUACUAUCUGGUACCCGGCACAGACGAGCUCGUGAAGACAGACGUGGUAAUGUAUGGGCUGGGAGCCAAGGUGCACAUGGAGAGGGAGGCAGUCAUCAAGAAGACAUGGCAGGACGGGGACAUCACGUGGUUCGCCUGGACCCAGAAACACAAGUUGUACAUCACGAAGGAUGUGCUACUGAAGCUGUACAACCACACGUUGGAGCUGCGUAUCUGGGACACCAAGGACAAGGUGCAAACCCGGGUUAAAUUUGAGCGACCGAGACUCUUCAAACUUCCCGCUCUAAAACAAGGGGAGGAGAUAGAGGACCUGGGGGGUGUGCGGGCCACGGUGCUCAAGCAGUGCCAGCAUUUCACUGACAUGCAGCCCAAGAAAGACCGCCAGAUACGACCCCUGCCCAAAGAUGUCACCUACCAGAAACCAGACCCACCAGGACUCAAGAAAAGAGAGGCAACCCCUGCUGCUGAUAAGCCUGGAUCUCGUGCCAGCGGUGACAAGUCAGGAGGGGGCCAGCCAGGCUCCCCCACCCCUCACACCCUGGUGGCUGUUCCACGCAGGGAUGAAGACAUGGACGGCAGGUCGUCCUUCAGUCGUCUGGGUCGGCUGGCGGACUAUGACGAGGAUCCCCCCUUGGGCGGUCAUGAGUCAAGGACCAGCAAAGUUAGCAGUAAGAAGUCCCGUACCGUGUCCCGGACUGUGUCCCAGACCUCCAAGUCCCGCACGGAUAUGGCGACAACACCCACCACCUCCAAGGCAAGACAAGGGUCCAAGUCUGCAGGAUCCUCAGGUUCCAGUAAGGCCAUCCAGGCAUCCAAUCAGGGCUCAAACGUGCCGCGCCCUAGGCGUAAUAGACGUGCCGAGCUGGCGGCCCAGAUGGCUGCCGAGAACAUUAAGAAGUAUGGCAUCAGUAUGAUACCCAUACGAAUGGCUGUAUUAUUCUCAGGCAUGAGCAGUGUGACCAAUCGUUUGGAGAGCCCUGUCCCGGGCCUGGAGGACAUGUUCAUCACCCUGACCCUCAACAAGCCCCUGCUGAACGAGUCCCAGCGUGCCGAACUCAACCCCAUGAUCAUCAAGAUACAGGCCGCCAACAAUAUGCCUAGUACGCCUCUGUCACAUGACGCGCUAAAGAACAAGUGCCUGUCCCCUUACUGCAGGUAUUCCUUCUUCAACCUGCAGUCCCACACCACGCUGAAGAGGCCCCAUGCCCCCAACGUGUACUGGGAUGAUGUCAACGUCAUACUCGCAGGUACAUUUGAGAAGUCCGAGUUUCGGCAGUACCUGAUGGGUCCACCACUGGAGAUUGAGGUUCACGAUCGCGACCGCAAGCCUGAGGAGGUCAAACUGAGGCCGACCCUGUUUGGGGACGACCUUGAGGACGAGAAGAUCAGCAACGUUGGAACUGUUGCUAGUCGGCGAACACUUCACAAUCCGUUCAAGGACAAGUCCAAGAUCUGGGACCCAUACGGCGUGGCCAAGGUUGACCUCUCUGACCUUCUGCUGGGUCAUCGCUACCUCCACCUGAAGAUUCCCGUACACAACUGCCCCCCGCCUGACCUUCUGGGCCUGGGCGACAGCCGCAUGGGCGGCAAGAUGGUCGGCAUAGCAGGGGCCGUCGACGGACCAGUGGACGGUCCCCUGGCCACUGGUCACUACAUGUCCAGUCACACCAUGCUCAAGGUCAAGGUCGAGUUGGCUCAGCCCCUGGUGACCCCUGAGGAGGUUGCUGCUAAGAGACACAUUGCUACCACAGAGGAGUGCCCAUUCUCGCGUAUCGUGUUCCGGUUUGACUACAAGAACACGACUAUGCUGAGCCAGCUUCAGAACCUGAUCACAAAGAUCAACGCCCGCGCCCUUGAGCUUGAUGACAUGCCUCAACACGUGGUGGAUGCAGCGCUGUCCACUUACAAACUCUCUGGGAUGCAGCAGCAGAGUCGUACCCUGGACAUCCUGACCGGGUUCCAGGUCCUGGACGGACACAUGCACAUGUUUGUACUGGAGGGGCUGAGAGAGGGGGCAGUGAACGAGGUGUGGACCAACCUGCCCCAGCCAGAAAACUCUGAUGUGACCGUGCUCUACCACAGCAACCUGAGCUUUAGUGAGCGGCUGUACGGCCCCCUGGACGUGGACCUGUGUAGAGUGAAGCUACACGAGCCCCUCCACAUGAUAGUCCAGCAGCCACUCUUGUAUGUCAGGGACAUGGUGCCCAAGCCUUGCUUUGAGGCUCUUACCAGGCUUCACGAGAUGUCUAAGACUCGUAACAUCCGAGACGCGGUUCGUAAUGAGCUGUUCCCCACAGCAGACAUGGUGGUGUCCAUGAGCAAGGAGUUUGGUGUGCCCUUCACAACGGAGGACUUUGAAGAGUUGCAAGUAAAGGAGGAGAAAUCGUUCAAUGCCGAAGCAGAGACUGGUACCCAGGAGCACUCGUUUGUGCGCGAGUCCAGUCGCAUGUGGGAACCAAUGGACAAUCAGAACUUCUCCUACAUGGAACGACUGACUGACAGGGAGAAACAGGGGGCAGCUAGGGACUUCAUUAGGGAGCACAAGGAGCAGCUGCGGAGAAUCAGUGAGCUGAACAGUCAAGAGAAGGGGCUCCGCAAGCCGCUCACUGUCCGGGCGGACGUGGAGGUGGCACACAACUAUAGCAGUCAGGCCCUCAACUCGACAGAGAUUGCACGAGAGAAACUCCGGCAGAUGCUGGCUAAGGAUCCUGACACCCGGUUCACAUACUGCCAGGACUAUCUGCACUCCAUGACGGUGGUGCCUGUGAAUGUGGAGGCGCUGCGCCGCCAUCAGGAGGAGGAGUCGCGCGCACGUUGGAAGACUCAGGACGGCUUUGUGUACCCUGGGAUGAGGUCCACCUUGGAGGCCAAUGAGCACCCCAAGAGACCCCACCCUGCACGGGUAGACGAGCUAACAGAGCAAUGGCGUGAGAACAUGUUACACGUUGGUCUGCUCCAAGCACCUCUCGACCGUGACCACUUCACAUGGGAACUGCGAGACCGCGACCUUGAACUCUACAAGAAGCCGGAGGUCAACUUCGGUGUCCCAGAACAAACCACCAUACACCUGGCGGGCGAGAAACUGCGACAGGAGAAGCUUGCAGCUAAAUCUCUUGAUGAACAGGAAUGGAUGUCCAAGGUGAUUGUGGCGGACACGAGACAGUACUUCCAUAGAUGCCUGACAGAGACAGAGCUGCGCAGUGACGGGCGCAAGGCCAGUAACCAGCUGUCUCGGCUUCAAGGCCUGCUCAAGGAUCCGCCCCAGAAGCUCACCCUGCGGCGCUCGGGCCUGUCCCUGAGGAACAUCCCUCCCCUCAACGUGGUGCUCAACCCUGGGGUGGACACAGAUGCACGGGCAGCGGGGAUUGUACCCCAGCCGGCUGUGGAGGGAGAGGGGGAGGAGAGGAACAGGGGCUUUAAGCCUGGCCCCUUCCUGGAACACGGCUGGCACCUUGAGAGGAACAAGAUCCCCGCCAUGGACUAUGAACAUGAGAAGUUCAACAGGAUGAAGGGAGGAGACUUCAAUGUAUAUUACAAAAGCAGACAGAAAAUGUGGCGACGUCCGAUAAUAGAACUCACAGAGGAAGAACGGGACAACCAUUUAUUCAGACUUCCAGACGACCCAAAACGUUACCCGGUUUUACCAGAGCUCGGAACUCGAUCUCUGACUCAGCCUCAAAUGACCACUGUUACUGCCGAGCCUGCGCGAACAGAAAAGCCAUCCCAGCUGACAGUUCCUAGCUCCUUCAAUGACCCCACCCUUUGUAUGACCUCUGAACCGAAGGGGCUGAUAAGCAACCAGGUCACCAACAUGGGGCCAUCUUUGUUGACUCCACAGAGAACACUACAACCAGUCAGUUAAUCUUGGAACUUUAGGUUUCUGAACAAAAUUAACAUUGAUAAAUGCCGGGUUACAACCCGUUAGUUAAUCUUGGAAUUUUAGGUGUCCUUCAAUAUGAACACUGAUAAAUGCCGGAUUAUAUUUGAAAAUUUAUAGACAAAGAUCAAGUCUGUAUUAUUAUCUUUAAGUAAAUCUGCUCUUUUUGAAAUAAAUAAAAUUAAAAUUUA